UCGGGUGUGGUGAAUGACUACAGAGUGAACGCGGAACGUGACUCAGUGUUCAUCGUGGAGCCUCGAUUCGUUCUAGUUUCCGGUUUUCAGUCGUUUUUCGAGCCUCUUUUACUGUUAAUCGAUAGCUGCAAAAUGUCUUCCCGCAAAACUGCUGGACGCCGUGCCACUACGAAAAAACGCGCUCAACGUGCGACGUCAAAUGUCUUUGCGAUGUUUGACCAGGCACAGAUUGCUGAAUUCAAAGAAGCUUUCAACAUGAUCGAUCAGAAUCACGAUGGAUUCAUUGACAAGGAGGAUUUGCACGACAUGCUUGCCUCUCUGGGUAAGAAUCCUACUGAUGACUAUUUGGAGGCAAUGAUGAACGAAGCACCUGGACCUAUCAACUUUACAAUGUUUUUGACAUUGUUUGGAGAGAGAUUGCAAGGAACUGAUCCUGAAGAUGUAAUUAAGAAUGCCUUUGGUUGUUUUGAUGAGGAAAAUACUGGUCAUAUAAAUGAGGAGCGCCUUCGCGAAUUGCUUACAACAAUGGGUGACAGGUUUACGGAUGAUGAUGUAGACGAAAUGUACCGUGAAGCACCGAUCAAAGGCUCGAUGUUCGACUAUCUAGAGUUUACUCGAAUCCUAAAGCACGGCGCGAAGGAUAAGGAUGAGCAGUAGUGAGCGGAUUUAGCUUAAACCGCGUAUCCUGAGACGAAAUCGUAGAUAGUAUUUGAAAUUUCUCGCGUAUUUCGCAUUUCUAAAUUCAUCAGAUUUUUAUUUACAAAAUAAUAUAAAUAUAUUCAAUAAAUAUUAUUAAUAAAUAAUAAAAAAAUUGUAGCGUGAUAUGCAUGAAGCAAUUGAAUUACAAAGAAUUGUAAUCUCGCAGUAUUUAUGUAUAUUUUCAUAAAAAUCGAAAGAAAAAUGAUAAUUGAAUAAAUGAGUGAUUUGGAAAUGCGAGAUAUGUCGUUUAGAAAUAUCUUUUCGAAGUAUUCAAUUAUAACCAUUUUUUGUGAAUGAUUUACUGUAUACAGUCGAUGAAAGUUAUACGUGUAAAAUAUUUAUAUAUAUAAAUCGAAGACAUGUAAUUGUUGUAGAUUCAGCAUUUAUAUUUUAAUAUAAUAUUCUAUUGUGUAUGAAAAA